AUGACGAUGAUGGACCGGGAAGGACCAUGGUCCAUUUAUAGGAGCGGAAGUCGCUAUUUUUGUAUCCAAUAUCAGUGGAUCCCUAUUUCAACUUCGUUCCUGCCCUUCAGAUCCAUGGCAACUGGAACUUCUUCAUCGUCUUUACUUCCUAUUGAUGAAGAAGAUGAGAUAUUGAUGCUAUACGGGUCCGAAUCAGGUUGGGUUGAGGCCAAAACUCACUGUGAUCACCUGGCUUCUUUGUCAUCCGAUCUCACCCAUAUUCCAACUCCUGAUACUCCUUGCAACAGGUGCCAACAUCCAGUAGAGAACUGGCUAUGUUUGUGUUGCAAGGAGGUUCUUUGCAGUCGAUUUGUUAAUAAGCACAUGCUCGAGCAUUACAAGCUGGCCGAUCACUCUUUAGCCCUCAGCUUUAGUGAUCUAUCCGUAUGGUGUUUCUCCUGCAAUGCCUAUUUAGAUGCUCAAGUUAUAGUGCCGUUGCAGUCUGUUCAUUUCACUGCCUACGUACUGAAGUUUAAUGAGCCUCCACCAUCACGAGCAGUGGAGUGUGUACAUAUUACAGAUAACAGAGCAGACGGUUCUUCUACUUCUGGGAAGUAAUAUUUUCAUCUUCUCUUUGAUGCAUGUGAUGUUAGGCUGUUCAAAAAUUCUCUUCAAACUGAUUUCCCUAUAGGAAAAUGGUUUAGCGAAAACUAAUUUGGAUCGUGGCCUUUUUAUCUUGAUAUUGGCACAUUAACCUCUUAUUUCUGUGCUUCGUAAGCAAAAUAGUUUCUUGAGGUAUGCACCAUUUCGCGUAAGAAUAAGAACAAUGUAAAAUCUGUCUGAACUCUCAAGGAAAUAUAAUUGGAGUUUAGAAUUAUCUGGCUGCUGGUAAAAAUUGGGUUGCCCUCAAUUUUGGACAUCUUUGUUAAAGGAUUGGAAAAUUGGCUUUAAGAAGAGGUUAUUAAGUACUUGUGUAAAGUGGAUAUGAUUAUACUUUUCAAAAUUUCAAAGGGAUAAAGAAACGGAAAUUGAAGUGAGCUCAA